CUAGCUUGUCAGAACCAUGGUCAGAACGCUGAGAGGCAGUGAGCAGCAGAGGAGGUCUAGCACUAGCACAGCUACUCGUUAGGACAGAGAGACAUUGAACUGAGAAGACGUUUUGCGGUGAACAUUUCCAAAGGCAAAUGUUAACUUUCGGAUAGUACGGUUUGCUAGAUUGUCUAGCGUUUCGGAGGCUAGCUUUCAGCGUACUUACUGGUGCCCUGCGGUGGAAAUAGCAAAAAUGUCGUCUCCAAGUCCGGGUAAAAGGCGAAUGGAUACCGAUGUGGUGAAACUCAUCGAGAGCAAGCAUGAAGUCACCAUCCUCAGCGGACUCAAUGAAUUUGUAGUGAAGUUUUUUGGACCACAAGGAACACCGUACGAGGGAGGCGUGUGGAAGGUGCGAGUAGAUCUUCCCGACAAAUACCCCUUCAAGUCGCCAUCAAUAGGAUUCAUGAACAAGAUUUUUCAUCCCAACAUUGACGAAGCGUCAGGGACAGUGUGCUUAGAUGUCAUCAACCAGACAUGGACAGCCCUUUAUGAUCUGACCAACAUCUUUGAGUCGUUCUUGCCCCAGCUGCUGGCUUACCCAAACCCCAUUGACCCCCUGAAUGGAGACGCAGCUGCCAUGUACCUUCACCGGCCAGAGGAGUACAAGCAGAAAAUCAAAGAGUACAUCCAGAAAUAUGCAACAGAGGAGGCUCUGAAGGAGCAGGAAGAGGGGGCAGGCGACUCUUCAUCCGAAAGCUCCAUGUCUGACUUCUCAGAAGACGAGGCCCAGGACAUGGAGUUGUAGUGAUAGGAGGGCUCCCCCAUCCCGCCCCCCUCCUUUAACCCCCCCACAGAGACUAUAUUUGAUUUCCUAACCAUGAGAAAGCAGACUUAUAAUAUUCAUAUUUAAACAAGUUGAUUUUUUUAUUAUUAUUAUUAUUAUUACUACUAAACAAGGAUUUUUAUGGAUAUCUAGCCUUUGGUGUGUUUGACACCCCUCCCAUCCUGUAGCUGUUUCUCCCUGCACAGGUGUCGCGAUUGCUUUCACGUUCUCUAUUGCCAUCUCCGCAUUUUUAAGGUGUGUCAUGUAGUCGUAGGCAGAAAAAGUCCCCGUGAACAUCUCAUUUCUUUACUUCCAACUUUUUAAGAUAUAUGAUAUAUACUAUAAUAUAUAGUUUAACCUGAAUCCUGAUUUCCUUUCUUUUUCCACGAUGCCGAUUGAUUCUGACCAACAUUUUGUUAGUCGCUCUGCUGCAGAGCUGCGUAGAUCUCGCUCACCAGGCGGGGUUAUCCCGUAGAGUCAAGACUUUAAGUCAAUAUUUUUAAGGCGCACAAUCUCACAUAAAUAUACAAAAAAGUGUAGUGCCAGUAGACAUUCAUAAAUCAACCCUGAAUGCUUCCUCGCACAUGUUUUUUUAACAUAUUGCUUGAGACAUGUAAAAAAAAAACAAAAGUAUUCCUUUCCCGCUCAGUUUUGAUGCCACAUAGACAUGUUACUUCACUUUUUUGUUACUCUUUUGCCGUGCUGCUGCAGCUGCCUGUCUACAAUGCGCCGCCGCGCCGUGCGAAAGUAAAUGCUCAAUAAGGUCAAGUGUUGGAAACCACUGUAAUUAAGCGCAUGUCUCAGUGCAGGAUCGGUGACAAUGACGUGUUGGGGGAGCUUUCGGUGUUGAUUUUUGGAGCGGGCACUGGCUGAAUAAUAAAAAACCAAAGUGGCUUUUCCUCUGAUGCAUUUGUGGAGGUUGUGGUCAGACUCACUCGGUAUGAUGGGAACCGAAAAUGGACCAGCGCUACCCCUUAACCAUCUGACCAUUGUACGAUUCUCGUAUUUCAUGGGAGGCGCGUCGAACUUCAUUAUAUUGGUAUUAGUUGAAGCAACUUGUCCAGUUGGACACGGAAUGUAAUUAUCACCUAUUGUGGUGAAUUUUAUCGAAAAACCAGCAACCAAAGUCUGUUGGAGUUUUACUAAAAAGCAACAAAAAAUGGUCAAAUGGUUAUUGAGUGGAUCUGAAGGAGAAAAAAAAGUUUUUGAUUUAUUGAAGAUUCAGGUGCGUGUAGUCCUCCUCACAUUCCACUGUUUAGCCGGAGUUUGCUCCAAUGCAUGCCCUUCAUAUUGGUCCGACCUGUGGUAUGUACCCCCGACUGCAUCGACUGGACUCCCACACUUCAUGUUUGCCCACCAGGAGGAUUAAAAUAAGAGCCCCUUUAUAUGACAAUUAGGCUUGUAGCAAAUUUCCUUUUGAGGGGAUUAAAUUUAGCUUUAAUUUCGUGUGUACAGAUUUGACUUCUUAUCCUAAAAAAAAGAAAAAAAGGAGAUGUUGAUUCACUGUGGCGGGUUGAGAUGUAAAUCCAUGAAGCGUGGAAAGAUGGCAAUCACAGUUUUGAUUUUUCUUUUCUCCCUAUAGUUCCUGUACAUUUUUCUUGCCUAUGGGGGGAGGUCACCAUGUUUGGAUUGUUGUUUUUUUCUUUCUUUUUGUGUACAGCAUCUACCUUGUACAGUGAUACAGACACCUCUCUGUAGCCUCAUGAGAACUCAGUGUUGAACCCCCCCCACAAAAAAAAACAAAAAAAAAAAAACACUGGACUGAGUGUUGCUUGUCGAGGCUUGAACAUGGCAGUCAAACUACCUAGAGAAAAACCUUGCAUUGCAGUAAGAAUCACUGGUUGCUUUGUGGCAGAUUGUGGAGAUUCAAAGCUGAAUCCUUCUCCGGGAGGUCACCUUUAUCACCUCCGAUCUCAACUCCCUCUCCUGUGCCUCAUCAUAAAAAGAAGAACCCCCCCACACACACACGCACACACACAAAAAAAAACAUGUUUCCUAAAAGCCAUGAAGGUCAAACGUAAACUAGAGAAGCACAUUGUUUUUACUCAUCCUACUUUUACGCUCCUCUUCCUGCAGUUUGAUCCUGUGCAAUUUUGUGAUUUUUUUAAAUUUUAAAUUUUUUUUUUUUUUUUUUUUUUACAUCUACAUUUUCACUUGGUCGCAGAGAAGAGGAACGACUUCGAGUUAAUUCGAGCUAACGUAGGAUUGUUAGACUUUUAUGGCUCAGGUUUGACUUACAGUUUGGUUGUAUCUUGCAUUGUGAUUCACAUUUUCACCUGGGAUGUAUCGAACAUGGAUGGAAAUCAUGCGAAUAUUUGUUGAACUGUGUUUAUUGACAUGUCAGGAUAGUUAGUUUUGCUGGGUGUUCAACUAAACCACAUAUGCUAUAUGGCUGUAUUACAGAUAGAGUUAGCUAGUUUGGUAUACUUACCUGAUAAAAAGCAUUCAUUGCUCAUCUGAUUUUUUUAGUUAGUGUCUGUUUUGUGGUUUAUAUGUAAGAUACAUGCCUGCUUGUCCUCUUCUUGCAGAUUCAGAGUUGUACAGAUGAGUGUGAGUGAUUUCAAACUAGGGUGAGGUGACCUGUAGCGAGCCUGAUAGAUCUAACUGUACAGAAAUGGGGAAAAAAAAGGGUUCACAGUUCGGAAUUUCUUCAAAAACAAAAGUUAUCUCAUAUUAUCACAGCGUUUGAAUGACAGAUUUAGAACAGUGACCCCUCGGCGAUUUUUUUUUUUUUUUUUUUUUAAAUUUCCGAUAUUUAUCUGAUGAGUAACGGGAUAAUGAUUUCUUUCAUUCAGCCCCGGGGAUGUUUUUGAAUGUUAGCUCGGGGGUUAGCUUCAAGCAGGAUGCAGCCAUUUUUAACUGUUGCAGAGCUAACUUGUGUGCUCCGUGAAUGUUUUACUUGUGUUCGAAGUGUUCAGACAGAACAAACCUGCAUUUAGUAUGUAGAUCUCCCACUCUCACAAUUGGCUAUGAGUUUUUCUCCCCAAGCUGCCUAUAAAUGUGUAUUUAUUCAUUAAAGGUGCAAUAUUUAGGAAUUUUGAUUGAAAAAAUAAAAACUUAAAAAUUAACUAAAAAAAACUGUCGACAGAAUGUGAGGAAAUUACACUUUUGACGGAAUGGCUUCCAUUUAUUGUGUUGCAAAUCAUGUUAGCAUUCUAACAGCCAGCCACAGCCGGUCCUGGUCCAAAUAUCCCGUGCCAGCAGUGUGAACAUCUACACUCUGGUCCUUCCGAGCUCCCAGUCUGGACCGUCUGAGCUGACCAGCUGACGGCAGCUACCGUUGGCAGAACAUGUUGUGCUGCCUCCUAUUUGUUUUCUUACAUAUUGCACCUUUUUUGUUUUGUUUUUUUAAUCUCGGUCAUCAGGCGCCACUGGUUCAGCUAAAUGAUCACACUGAUGAACUUGAUCUUCAGCUUUUUUUUUUUUUUUUUGAUUAAUUCAUAUAGGAAAUAUCGUUUCACUUUACAUUUUUGCAGUAUUGUACUUGAGUGCUGAAAAAGCAGUAUAUCCGAGUCGAGAAUUGUAAUGAAAUAGCACAUUAAGAUGCCGUGGUGCAACAGGGAACUAUUGAUAUUUUGUGUCUUUUUUUUUUUUUUCAAAAAACAAACUCGUUUUGGUUUUGCAGCAUUAUUUGCAUCUGCUGGGCAAUAAAUUGAUUAUGUACUCCAAUGUGGUGUCGCUCUGGUAAACGUGACGACCAUUUGAUAUUUUCAGCGGCCUCUUCUGUGCUCUUUUUCUUUUCUUUUUUUUUUUACUCCCCGCACUUACUUAGUAAAUGUGAAGAGAAGUAAUUACUGCUGUUGUUUUUCAGGUCAAGAACUGAAAAAAAAAAUCUUAAACCAAUGAAUGAUUAUGCUUUCCUUUGCAAACUUAAAUUCUAAAUUAUUGGUAAAGGAGUAAGGGGGAAAAAAAAAAUGUUUAUUGUGCUUUUUAUUUAAUUUUCCUUUUGGCUUUCUCCCUCUUCUGCUCUAAGACAGUACAGAAAACAAUGUCUUCACCACCCACAGAGUCAAACAGAGUCCAGAACAACCACAUUAACAUGCUGGGAUUGAUCGAAGGCCUCAAAAUGGCAGAGAACAUCCAGUCCAGCGCCAGUAGACCCUCCCCCCCCCCCGCACACACACCCUGCCGGAUACAAUGAGGAUGUAGGGGCCUCAGCUAAGUGAAUGGACUGUCCCAUCAUUAAUCCAUGGACGGGAUCUUUUAUCAGCACAGCUGCAGAAAGCCAGCACCCUGAUCCUGUAAGAUCACCCCCCCUCCACCUGUAGACUGUCUCCUUGUGCACUUGCAUGCUUCUGGUGUGGAGUCGAGGCUCGCUUGGUGCACACCUCCCAUUGUGUCUUGUGCUCAUGUGGAUUUGUGCCCCGUGUCGGCCUUCUGCUGCCAUCAGGGGAUUCAGCAGGCACACACAGCAUGGAAUAUGGCAGUUUUAUUAUGUUUUGUUUUGUUGUUUUUUUUUUAUAGAAACUAUGUAUUUGUUACCUAGUGUGUGAUAACUUGAGGGUUAAAAGUCAAAAGGUUUUUUGUUUUUUUUGUUUUUGAAAAAAGUCCAUCCUUGGUCUUAUUUUUAUUGCCCUCUCUGCCCUCCUUCUCUUGUUUUUUCUUUGCAUUGUGAAGUGGGCAUGCUUGUCAAAAAAAAAGACAAAGUGCUCUCUAUUAAUAGGCUUAUAACCUCAUAAAUAGUUGUGUAUAAAAUAAACUGUUAUAACUUCUUUUUUAAUAAAACAUUCAAUGUGUAUAAAA